GUCCCCUUACCCUUCACGUUCUGUUAUCAGUAAGUAGUUGCGUUUCAAAGUCAGAAUUUUCAAUUUUGAAAAUUUUCAUUUUAUAUGCCCAAAAAUCUACACAAUUCCAUGAAAAGAUGAUGACUGUAUCUUUAUUUCGUAAUAUUUUGUUACGUGAAGCCAGAUCUUCGUGUCUAACGUGCAGAACUAUUAUCCCAAGACGAGAAAAAAGUGAAAACACGUCCGAUGUCGCACCGUUCAAAGAUGACGAAGAUCUCAAUCCAAAUGCGCCCGUCAGAUUUUCCACUAGUAGAGCUUCUAAAUGGAAAGUCCAAUAUAAAGCUAUGAUUAACGAUCCGGAAUCGCUAGAAAAUCAAGAUCAAGCAUUUCGUCACUUUAUGUAUUAUUUUUCCAUCAGCGGGCUCGUUAUUUAUGCGUUACUGCGCGGUAGAAAUGAAUGGGACGAUGAACAGGAUGUACCAUUGGGUAAAAGAAUACUUAUGCUAAGAGAGUACCAAAUGCACAAUGAAUUGCAAUCAGCUCUAACCAACAGAGAAGACACUAGCGAAAUUAAAUUAGAAUUAGAUAAAAUAGAGAAAAUGAAAAACGAAUAUUACGAAAAAUAGUUUAUUGUUAUGUUGUAGUUUAGCUCGUUUUACGAAUACCUUACUUUAUUUAAGUAUAAACAGUUUCAAAAAAUAAUAAAUUUAUUAUAAAAAGUACAAAAAA